AUGGUUUGCCAGAGAAGUAACGGAGUGAGCCCAAAACUGGUCUCUCAAAUUGAAACCAAGGUGGAGCAAUUACGCGAUAUCUACAAGAAUCAACAGUUCAAAACGGUCAUCAUGUCUAAUUACACCCACACCAUCUUUUAUCAUGAUCCCAAAAUCCUACUUUCCAACAAUCAAACAAUGAAUUCAUCCCCUUCCUUCUCUUCCAACAACCAAAAUGGAACACCGAUCAAUACCACUCCUACACAACCUAUUGCAAUUGUUAAUCAUCAACAUUCAGCAUCGAAUGGCUCUGGAUCUCCACCUCCCAUCAUCUCUCCAAUUAAAAAAACACAACAUGGUUCAAAUCCAAGUUUGGUUGCAUACUCACCCAAAGACACCAUGUCUGCAACAAAUUUAACAUCACAAAUUGGAGUAUCUGCCUCCCAUCUUACCACUUCCACGAGCCAGUCAUCACAUUCACCAACAACAGACGGACCCCCUAAUAUGGGUAUUGGCUUUGUGGUAGGAUCAGUUGAAGACCUAGCACAGAGACUUCGACAAUAUUUGGAAAGCGUAGAAAAUUUUGUAAAACUUUUUUCAGAAGAUGAGACCCAGCAAUUUAUUAAUCAAGGAAUUUAUCACAUACGGGGAUGUAGUGGUCUUUUACCUGGAGGAAGUAAUAAUAUCAGUUGUAUUAGCAACAAUGGUGGAGUUUUGACGCCCACAUCGAUGUCGAAUUGUUCAGUUGGUUCUCCCACACUUAUUUGCAGUAUUUUUGUAAAGACAGACAUAACGUGUGCCAUUUUCACUGACGUGUAUGAGCAAGACGCUAUUGGAAUUACAGAGGAUUUGGACAAUGAGAUUUUAGAAAUUGUAGAACAAUUACAAUUAUUACUCAAGAGCACAAUCGAGAAAGAAAAAACAGUAGCAAAGAAAAAGUAG